GAAAAUAUCUUUGUUUUGCGUCUGAAAAGUAAAAACUACAAAGUUGAAAUAUCUGUGUAGCGUGGCCUCUCUGCAUUUCAUUUUCAUGACUUUAUAAGCACCCUAGCCGUGACUCGGUCUCGCCGGAGACGGAAUCUGCUGCUUCCCAGGACUCGGACCAGGAGAAGUGAUCCAUUUUGAUAAGAAGAAACAGAGAUGGAGUUGGGUGGUGGAGAGAGAAAACGAGUGGUGGUGAUCGGAGGCGGCGUUGCUGGCUCGCUUCUCGCAAAAAAUCUGCAAUUCAGCGCUGAUUUCACCCUCAUUGAUCAGAAGGAAUAUUUUGAGAUUCCAUGGGCAAGCUUGAGGACCAUGGUGGAGCCAUCAUUUGGGGAGAGAUCUGUGAUCAACCAUAGAGAUUACCUCACAAAUGGCCAAAUUAUUACAUCUGGAGCAAUCAAUAUCACUGACACUGAAGUAUUGACGGGAGAAGGCCGUCUAAUUCCCUAUGACUACCUUGUCAUUGCCACUGGCCAUGCAGAUGCUGUUCCUAAAACCAAGACUGGGAGGCUUAAGGAAUACCAAGAAGAUAAUCAGAAGAUAAGAUCAGCUAAUUCCAUUUUGAUUGUUGGAGGAGGACCUACUGGUGUAGAGCUUGCUGGAGAAAUUGUUACUGACUUCCCAGAUAAGAAAAUCACUCUGGUUCAUACUGGUUCAAGGUUGUUGGAAUUCAUUGGACCAAAAGCUGCAAACAAGACUCUUAAUUGGUUUCAGUCAAGGAAUGUUGAAGUGAUACUGGAGCAAUCAGUCAGUUUAAACACAAUAUCCGAGUCACCUGGAAGCAAAACAUAUCAGACUUCAGAAGGACAAACGUUUCACGCAGAUUGUCAUUUUCUAUGCACAGGGAAACAUGUGGGUUCAGCUUGGCUCAAAGAAACAGUUCUGAAGAGUAACUUGGAUGAAUUUGGGAGAUUAAUAGUUGAUGAGAAUUUGAGAGUCAAUGGGAGAAAAAACAUCUUUGCAGUUGGAGACAUUACUAAUAUUAAAGAAAUCAAGCAAGGGUAUUUGGCGCAAAAACAGGCUUUGGUGGCUGCAAAGAACAUAAAGCUCUUGCUUGCAGGAGGAAGACAGAGUAAGAUGGCAACUUACGAAGCUCAUUCGGUGCUGGCACUUGUUUCACUUGGAAGGAAACAUGGGCUUGCACAGUUCCCAUACACUACUUGGAUUGGACGCCUUCCUGGACUGAUCAAAUCUAAAGAUCUUUUUGUGGGGAAGACAAGGAAUCAGCUGGGGCUACUGCCACAAAAUUAAUUUGGAUUGUACGUGAGAUAUAUAGACUCUUCGUUUUUCUUUUUGGUUAAGUACAUAUAUGGGCAGCAUACAUAACGAGGGAUGUAUAUAGAACUGAAUCCUUAUUGUUCUAUAAUAGUUUUGAUCCGGAUCAGUUGGUUUGUUAUUUGUUACGAGUCUUUAUGUGACAGUAUUUAAGGGUGGAAAAUUUUGAACCUGUGAGGAUUUGUUA